UCGAUUAACUGUGUGAUGAUAAAAACUUCGGGGGUACAUAUAUAUGUAUAUGAUAAUCAGCCGUUCGCCAUGAAAAAUACUCUCGUUUUAAUAACUUUGUUAAAACUGGGCUGCCUUGUUACAGCCCAGGGGACAUGUAAAAAGGUGAAUUCCUGUAAGUGUAAGCUGGACGAUGGGAAAGUUAUAGAUCUGGACCCAUUGGCAAAAUCAAACGGGCCGGUAUUCCUGGACGUGAGUGACAGUGGGGGUGUGGACCUCUACUCUUGGAAUCCGUGUAAACCCUUCUCAGAGGGCACAUGUUCUAACGCUGCGGUUUGUCAGACUCAUUCAGAUUCGCAGUACAACUGUGGGACCCAGGACAGCGCCCAGUUUGGUUACGAUACCUCAAACAAUGUGUACACCAUCACUUAUUCUGCUGACACUGUCAGUAAAAGCAACGAACUAAGAACCACUACACUGUAUCUAUACUGUGAUCAAGGCCCGGAUAUGUUCCAGCCAAUAGGGGAAGCAGUUCAAGGAACCUACAUUGACUCCGACCCCAAAAAAGCGGAGGAUCAAGUGAAUAAACUCCGGAAAGACCGGGGCUAUACAUACCAGGACAUGAUAACCUGUAGCAAGGAAAAACUGCCAAAUUAUGAGGAGAAGCUUAAGGUCUUUUUUGAGGAACACCUGCACACAGACGAGGAAAUCCGUUACAUCACGGAAGGCAGCGGUUACUUCGACGUCAGGGACAAGAAUGAUAAGUGGAUCAGGAUCGAACUCGUCCCCAAUGACCUUCUGAUUCUACCUGCAGGAAUCUACCACAGAUUUACUUUAGAUGACAAGAACUACAUUCAGGCCCAUCGUUUCUUCGUGGGAGAGCCCGUAUGGACACCCCACAACCGGCCCGCUGAUGAUAUGGAAGCUCGACAAUCCUACGUCAAGAACUUCCCCGUGUCUGGUUAAUUGCUUGGAGAUGCGUUCAUCCAUAAACUAACUACUCAGAUGCCAUAUUUAGAUUUAGAAUUCCAACAUAUGAAUAUUUAUCAUGAAUAUAUAUUUCAUUUGACAAUUUGCUGCACUUCCGGGGCAAUGGUUUUGGGAAUUUAGUAUAUUUUGUGCAUGGGUUCCAACUCUUUAACAUUACAAAAGUGUUAAACAGUCUAUUCCACCCUAUUUUGCAAAAUACUUUUUCAAGUGCCCUUGGAUAUAUUUUCUAAAAUUCCAAUUUUGAUAUCAGAUGGAUGAAAACUAUUUAGUUUUAUCCAGUGUACAAUUUGAUAUGAUACCUGGUGUAUCGAUUUAAUUGAUAAAUGAUACAUUACUUAUAAAUUUGGUAUAUCAGUUCAAUGGUACCUUGUCCAUCAAUUUGUCAACAAUAUCUGAAUGGUAAAUAAGAAUUCAGAUUGUCUUUUUCACUUUGAAAAUAAAGCCAUGGUAUUGAAAUA